GAUGUUGUCCUCAAGCAUUGUCCGACGUGUCACGAAACGCUCUGGCGUCUGCUUUGGGCGCUUUUCGUCUACCCACUCUAUACCGCAGCACUCAAUAUACGUCUCUCAGUCGACAGAUCCAUACUUCAAUCUUUCCGUCGAAGACUGGCUUUUUAGACACAGGGCACCAGAAGAUCCACUCCUUUUUAUCUACCGCGACAAGCCAUGCGUUAUCAUUGGGCGAAAUCAAAACCCUUGGAAGGAAAUCAAUCUGACUGCGUUGCGAGAGACCCCUUCGGUCCCAUUUGUGCGUCGAAGAAGCGGAGGCGGUACAGUCUAUCAUGACCUGGGAAACACCAAUUACUCCAUCCAUCUACACCGACAUUCUUUUGACCGAAAAGUAACUGCACAAAUCAUCUUACGGGCAGUCCGGUCAUUGGGUAUCGAUGCUCAACUCAAUGAUAGGAACGAUAUCUGUAUCGGGGACAAAAAGAUAUCGAGUUGCUUAUUCGUUCUUGGUUUGAAGCACAUCUCGGGAUCUGCCUACAAAAUCGUGAAAAACCGCGCUUAUCAUCAUGGGACUAUGCUCAUAUCAACUCAUCUUGAGAUGCUUGGUGAGCUUUUACGGUCAAAAAAAGACUCUAUGCUCACGAAAGGCGUGGCCUCUGUGCCAUCACCAGUAUGCAAUCUCAGGCAACACGAUGAUAAUUUAAGCCAUGAGCACUUUUGUGAGGCAACGAUCAGCGAGUUCUGCCGUGCAUAUAACGUUAACGAAGAGGUGCAACACAUAAACGAAGAUACCAACUUAGUAGAUCUAGAUGAUGUUCACAGGGGUGUUACCGAGUUAUCGAGCUGGGAAUGGGCAUACGGACAGACGCCCGAAUUCACCUAUACAAAGAGCGAAGCGUUUGAAUGGGGCAAUGUGGCAGCAGAAAUUCAGGCGAAACACGGGGUUAUCCUGGAAAGUUCUAUCCGGAUAUCAAACGCCGCGGCGUCUAUUAGCGAAGAGUUGACACAGGAGAUAGAAAGCAUGGUGGCCUCAUUGAAAGGGCAGAAAUACGGAUCUAUCUCACCAGAAGCCCUGGUAUCAUCUAAUAUAGGCCCCAAAGAGGAUGUCCGGCGGUGGCUGCAUGACAUGAUGUGGAACUAGUCUAGAGAUACGCGUGCAGGCCUCAACGGUACAGAGCCUGCGCGUGCUAGCGCCAGAUAUGAGAAUAGGCGCUAUACCCAUUUUACUGGAACGAGCCUGAAGUAACCUGUGGUGCACGUGUGCGACGUAGACACUCCCAGUCCGUUAUCUUGUCAAGUAAACUUGAUGCAGUUCGCGGUGACGCAACAAG